GAGGUAUUAUUUAUUACUCUACAAAAUUUAGUUUUAUUUGAAUUUGCGAAAUUACUUUUGAUAUUAAGUUGUAUAUAGAUAAACUUACGAUUUGUGAUCUAUCAUCGUUUGUUCAUUCGUGACUUAUCAUCCAGUAUAGUGUGACGUAAACAGUGUUGGAACAUUUAGUGAAAAGUAACCAGUGAAUAUGCCGGUCUUGCAAGGACUUAUACUUUUAUUAUUAGUGGGAUCUUUGACAGCAUUGCCUAAUCCACUUUCUACAUCGGGGUUACACGGUGCUGUUGUGAGCAAUGCACCAGGAUGUGCUCAAAUUGGAAGGGAUAUUUUAAAAAAAGGAAACAACGUGAUAGAUGCAGUCAUUGCCACCGCCUUCUGUGAAGGUGUCGGAAAUCCUACAACAAUGGGUGUAGGCGGAGGAUUCCUUGCUACCUAUUACAACAAAGCCGAAAAUAAAGUAUAUUCUAUCAACUCAAGAGAAAUGGCACCCUCUGGAGCCACUGAAGACAUGUUCGUUAGUAAUCAAUCGCUUGCUGAGAGAGGUGGUCUAUCUGUAGCAGUUCCUGGUGAGACUAGAGGAUACUGGACACUAUAUAACAAAUUCGGAGGUGGAGUUCCAUGGAGUGCUUUAGUAGAACCUACAAUUAAAAUCUGCGAAGAAGGAAUUGAAAUGAACGAACUUACAUAUAAUAAUGUAAGAGAUCAAAUCAGUGUUGUGAGGGCUGACCGUGGAUUAAGAGCAAUUUUUAUUAAUCCAGCUACAAACCAAGUUUACAAAAAAGGAGAAACAUACAAAAGAGUGAAAUUGGCUCAAACAUUGAGAGUAAUUGCAAGGGAAGGUGGAAAUGCCAUACAUAAUGGAUCUCUUACUAAGAACCUUGUCGCAGAUAUCAAAGCUAAUGGUGGUAUUAUUACAGAAAAGGAUUUGGCUGAUUUCAAGGUCGAAUUCCUCACGCCAAUUAAUACAACACUCAGCGGAAAACAAAUAUAUUCUGUUCCCUUACCUGGAGCAGGAAUAAUACUGACAUAUAUUUUAAAUAUCCUCGAAAACUUUUUACCUCGUAAUAAUCAUCUUUCAGUAAAAACUUACCAAAGGAUAACCGAAGCUCUAAAGUACGGUUAUGCUAUGAGAAGCAGCCUUGGAGACAAAGAUUUUGUUUCUGGACUUGAUGAUUUGAUUGUAAAACUGUCUUCCAAACGUUAUGCUGCAGAUGUAAGAAAGAAAAUUACAGAUCUCAGAACAUUUAAUGAUCCUACACACUAUGGUGCUACCUUCGAAUCUAUUCAAGAUCAUGGUACAGCUAACCUCUGUGUAUGGGGUCCAAAUGGUGAUGGAAUAUCUCUUACAAGCAGUAUUAAUUAUAUCUUGGGAGCCGGAUUUGUUUCGGAAAGCACUGGCAUCAUACUCAAUGAUUCUAUGGAUGAUUUCUCAACACCGGGAUUGGUAAAUGAAUACGGCUAUCCCCCAUCUCCAUCAAAUUACAUUCGUCCGGGGAAACGACCACAGUCCUCAAUGUGUCCUACAGUCAUAUUGGAUGGAAGAAACGAACUUUUCAUGGUCGUUGGCGGUGCCGGAGGAAGUAAAAUUACUUCAAGUGUAAUGCAGGUUAUACUUAAUCGCUUAUACUUUGACAUGGAUGUUGAAAGUGCAUCCGGUCUACAAAGGGUUCAUCACCAACUUUUCCCAAUGACAUUAGAUAUGGAGGACGAAUGGAUAUAUGAGAAUCCAGAAAUAGUAAACGGUCUCAAAAGGAUUGGUCACAAUAUUACCUUCUCUUAUCCAGACGGAUUUGUAGCAGUAACUGCGAUAUCCUUGGAUAAGAAUAGAAGAAACAUCGUCGGUGUCCAUGACAAAAGAAGACGUGGUUCAGUUGCCUAUAUGUAGUUAGAAUACGAAUAAUUAAAAUAAAACUGUAAAUAUAAUAU